AUGGUCAAUCCGGCACUCGCUCAAGUCAUCAUCGGCGUCAGCGGCCGUAUCCCUGGGCACACGCACAUCCACUUCGCUCUGACCGAGAAUAGAUGCCAGAUCGUCAAUAUCAACUGGUUUCUAGACUCGGCGCAACUGAAUCGGCCCCUUCGCACAGCGGCAUACUUGCUUGUUGCAUCAGCAAAUGUUGCUGAGGAUUUGCAGGGACCAAAUGUUCCUCGGUCCAAUCUGCAGAUACACCACGAGAAGCUGAUCACUUUCGUGGACAAGCGGUGCAAAAAUGGAGACACGAUCGCCAGAAAUGAGGAUCUGGAUGAGACACAACCGUCUUACUGGGUAUCGACUCGCCGGAUCCAGCUUCUCCACGACUUUGGUCUCAAGACCUGGUUCACCUGGGUCCACGACGAGUGCCCGGACACGACGGCAAUGGAGUUUCGUGGUAAUGGAGAUCUAGACUCCGCGAAAUGGGAAUUUGGACGCGCCUUUGAAGAGUGCAAGCUUGCGGAGCUUCCGUUAGAACCGGCGAGGGACCUUCAAUCUCAACAGCUACUACCCGGAGUCGAACGCUUGAUCAAGCUUUUGUUUUGGCCGGAUUAUGGUAUCAUUCCCUUCUACAAUCAUAUGUUUGUGGGAAGAUUCGGCUCUGGAUUUCUCAAGACCGACGGUGCAACUCUGCGGAUCUCUUUCGAUUACCUUACCGAGCUCGUAGAGCACCUUGCAGGACCCUCUCUCGGCCCAGGUGCACCACGCAGCUCGUCCAUGAUGCUGCAGUCACGAAUCGCGACUCUUCUGAAGCAAAACUAUCUGCGUCUUCUCCGGAUAGCAAAGCGUUCGGUGCCAGGCCCAGAGGUGAUUGAUUUUCAGUGGGCAAAGCACAAAUUUCAGAACAUUGAGCUGUCAUCGAGCUCCCUGCACAGCCUCCCGUAG